AUGAGUGGAACUGGGGGCAGUAAAGGCUAUGGAUUUAUUGAGUUUGAAUCUGACGAUGUGGCCAAAAUUGUUGCGGACACAAUGAACAACUACCUGUUCAGUGAAAGACUUCUGAAGUGCCAGUUCAUACCUCCUGAGAGGGUUCACAAAAACCUCUUCAAGGACUGCGACAGGAAGUUCCGGAAGCCUUCGCAGCCCGCGGUCGGGCGCUACAACAAGAUACGUUCUGCCAACGAGAAGGCCAAGAUGGCCAAGCGGCUGCUCCGGAAGGAGAGGCUCUUGCGGAAGAGGCUGGCUGAAAAGGGGCUCGAUUAUGACUUCCCAGGAUUUGCAGCACAAAAACUUCACAUAAAGAAAAAGAAAGUUAAAAAAUCCAAACCAAAGCUGGAUGUUUCCUUGAACAGCCAGGAUCCUACGCCGGUCUGUACUCCUACAGUGCUUGAGCGCCGGAAAGCUCACGAGGCAGAUGAUGACACAGAGGACAAUGAAAUAACUGUCAAACUGCCCCCCAGUAGUGUUGAGAAUGCUGUGGAGAGACCAAAGAAACAGAAAAGAAAAAACAAACCUGAAGAAACAGAAAUAAACUUGAAAGAUAAAAUGUCUGUAACUAAGUUUUUCCUCAACUCCAAAGCUGACAGGUUCAGUCCCCUUUCUGGACUUGUUUUCCUUUUUACUGAUGAUGUUCAAAUCCAGGUCACUUUACUACGCAAGUGUGAAGAGCAAGGAAGCAAAACUCUGUGCUGCUUGAAUAAAGUCAAGCUGGUGUGCGAGGACUGUGGUCGCGGCCACGCGGAGCUUUGGGCCGUGCUGGGAGCAGGGUGCGUGUGCCCGGGCGGUGCGCGGGAGGAGAGCAGGCCGGGCCAGGGCCGCGACUCCUGGGACACACUUGCCCGCGACCAGCCCGUUGGGUUGCUCAUCCGGCUCCCAGGAUGGCGGCGGCCCUGA